AUAAUGAAUGGUGAGUUCUUGAUGUUUUUUUGUUUGUUUUUGGCUUUUGUUUUGAUUUUAGCACCGAGAAUGUCCGGGUUUUUUGUUAAGGUUUUUGCUUGGGGUUCUGGAGUUGAGGAUUGUGGGGGCUUUUGUUAUGGAGAUAUUGAAGAGGAACAAUCUUGUUCAUAAGUUUGUAUCAUUUGCUAGAAAUAUCAGAACCACCACUCUACACACCAACUCAUGUUUCAGAAGAAGACUAUGAGGAGCAACAAGUCUAUAACAUGAAACCAGGUUCAUCAUCUACUGAACGAGUUCAGGAGGCGGUGGAUUGUCUUCCUAAAGAUGCAGAGUUUGCUGUCAAUUCUAAUUCCGAUUCUGAUUUCCGGCGAUGGACAAUAAUGGAUUACUCGAGAGCCUAUAGCUCUCGGCAGACAACUCCUCAUUUGGUAGCAAUGAGAUUCUUAGCUGCAGUUAAGGAGUCUUCCGAGCCUCACAUUAAUAUGUCAUUUUUCAUCAAUUAUAAUCCUGAAGAUAUUCUAAGACAGGCGAAAGAAUCAACACUCCGAUACGAAAAUGGUACUCCAAUUUCGGUUCUUGAUGGAGUGCUGGUUGCUGUUAAAGAUGAGAUUGAUUGCAUGUCUUAUCCAACUACUGGAGGAACUAAGUGGUACCACAAAUUUAGAUUUUCAAUAGAAGAUGCACACAUUGUGAAGCAAUUAAGAUCAUGUGGUGCAAUUCUUGUCGGGAAGACAAACAUGCAUGAGAUUGGAGCUGGAACAAGUGGGAUCAAUCCUCAUUACGGGGCUGUGAGAAAUCCUUAUGAUAUUAAGAAGAUUUCCGGAGGUUCCUCAAGUGGCUCAGCUGCUGUGGUUUCUGCUGGAUUAUGUCCUAUUGCACUUGGUGUCGAUGGAGGAGGAUCUGUCAGAAUACCGGCUUCUUUAUGUGGAGUUGUUGGUUUCAAGCCAACUUUUGGUCGUGUAUCUCAUGCGGGCAUUCUUCCCUUAAAUUGGACCGUUGGAAUGGCUGGGGUUUUGGCAGGAACAGUCGAAGAUGCUCUCAUUGCUUAUGCAGCUAUUUCCGGGGACCUCCAAGUGAGACAACCUACACCUACACCUUCUUUAGUGCCAGCAACAAACCUUCCACUGCUAGCAAUUACAAAUUCAAUUGGCAACAUCAAAUUAGCCAAAUACGAAAAGUGGUUUAAUGACUCUGCCGAUGAGGUUCGAACCUCUUGCGAACAUGCUUUGGAUAUGCUUCGCGACCAUUAUGGUUGGGAGACAGUGGAAGUGACUUUACCAGAGAUCGAAGAGAUGCGUCUGGCUCAUUAUGUAACCAUUGCAUCAGAAUGCAAUGCUUCACUAGCACCGCAUUUGGCAAAAAUAAACUUUGCCGAUAUGGGAUGGGAUGUAAGAGUUGCACAUCAAGUUUAUCGGUCUUUUCACAGCAGAGAGUAUCUGAAUGCUCAAAAGAUCAGAAACCGGCAAAUGUAUUUUCACAAGGAAAUUUUCAAACAUGCUGAUGUUAUCGUCACACCAACAACCGGUGUUACCGCAUAUCCAUUGCAAAGAGAUACAUUCAAAACCGGAGAGCUUGAUUACAUAAAUGGAGCUGCAUUAGUAAGGUUCAUGAUAGCCGGAAAUUUUCUCGGGUUGCCUGCAAUUACUGUAAUGGUUGGAUGUGAUAGAGGUGGAAUGCCAAUCAGUAUUCAGUUCAUCGGAAGGCCAUGGUCGGAAGCAACCUUACUGCAUUUGGCUUAUCGGUUGCAGGCAAUAUGCAGUAGAAGCUUCAAGAGGCCUAUGAUUUUCUAUGAUCUUCUCAAGGAGGAAACUGCAGGUCAAUAGAAAGAAGCAAAAAAAACUAAUUAAUUAAGAAAGAAAUAAGUCUGAAUUGUAAGUUUUUCAAGCAUUUUUCAUUUAUUUUUGUUAAUUGUAUGCCUAAAUGUGCUGAAAUCUUGAAACAAUAAAUACAAGAAAUUUCUGCAUACAUUGCAUUAGGAGCAAUUGAA